CCAUGGUGCAAGGCGAAGCUUCCCUUACUCUAUGACUAUAUCCAAAGUCAUUAUUGGGGAGUGGGAUUCUUGAGAUAUUUUCAAAUAAAACAGAUCCCAAACUUUCUACUUGCUUCCCCAAUUUUGUCUCUUGCACUCUGCUCAAUUAUACAUUAUGUGAAGCUACAGCCCAAAGUUUUCCUCUCAGUAGGCUUCCAAGCUUCUUCCAUGAUUAAAGGACAGACCGUUUCACCCUUUUCUAAGGGGACAAAUGCAGGGCCAAAGAGUGCUGACUUUGCAGUGAAAGAUACCUCUAGCAAAUUGCAAGGCAAUCAUGUACUUAAACACCGGAAACAAGCUGCUGGAAGCAAGGAUUCUGGGGCAAUCCCAUCAGAAACUGGAAAAUCAGAUAAUCCAGAUCUAUCGACUAUACUUGUUCCAUUCAUAUUCCAUCUCGGAUUCAUGGUGGCAACAGCUUUUCUUGUUAUGCACGUACAGGUCGCAACCCGAUUCUUAUCUGCCAGCCCUCCUCUCUACUGGUUUGGCUCAUAUAUCAUGGCUUCCCCCAACAUCGGCAAGAGAUGGGGGUAUUGUAUUUGGGCAUAUUGUUCGGCUUACAUCUUUCUUGGCAGUCUACUGUUCUCAAACUUCUACCCUUUCACAUGAGGAUCUAGAGUCUUUUCCUAAAACUAGGAUCAAGACACACAAUGUAGUAACUCUGUUUUUGAGCUUGGGAGAAUGCAUCUUUUAUAGUUAAUAGUUAAUACCCUUUCACUUUAGUUUCUGAAAUCUGCCCUGAUUUUUUACUAUUGUAAACAUGUACUCUUGACAGAACACAAAUACUUGUGAACCAUGAUGAAUGCAAUUCCAUAUAUUUGUUCAAAAA